GUGGGGGCGGGCGGAGGUUUCCGAGGAGGAAGGAGCGGCCGCCAUUUUGGGAGCUUCGAGUCAACAAUAAAGGACUGAGGGUGCUGAGCGGGAGUGGCCUCCUUGAUAGGACUCGGCCGGAGCCGCGAGGCCAAGGAUUGACGUGAGUGAAUUCAGAUAUAAUUCAAGCUUGUUAGAGGGCUUUUUAAAAAUAAAAAGUUGAUUCUGUGCAAGAGAGCAAGUUACUGCUGCUUACCGUUCAGAGACUUACAGGUGCUUGCCUGCAUUGCAAUAAAGGACUCAUUUAUUGAGCAAGACAUAUUUAUCUCUUCAUUUUGGAGAGCCUAAUAAACUGUUAUUACAGUUUCUCUACUGACUUUCAAAAGUUUUGAAGUUUGAAAGACACCUUUGCAACUAAAACAGCAUGAGCACGGCCAGAACAGAGAACCCUGUUAUAAUGGGUCUGUCCAGUCAAAAUGGUCAGCUGAGGGGCCCUGUGAAGCCCAGUGGUGGCCCUGGAGGAGGGGGCACACAGACACAGCAACAGAUGAACCAGCUGAAAAACACCAACACAAUCAAUAAUGGCACUCAGCAGCAAGCACAGAGUAUGACCACCACUAUUAAACCUGGUGAUGACUGGAAAAAGACUUUAAAACUCCCUCCAAAGGAUCUAAGAAUCAAAACUUCGGAUGUGACCUCCACAAAAGGAAAUGAGUUUGAAGAUUACUGUUUGAAAAGGGAGUUACUGAUGGGAAUUUUUGAAAUGGGCUGGGAAAAGCCAUCUCCUAUUCAGGAGGAGAGCAUUCCCAUUGCUUUAUCUGGUAGGGAUAUCUUAGCUAGAGCAAAAAAUGGAACAGGCAAGAGCGGUGCCUACCUCAUUCCCUUACUUGAACGGCUAGACCUGAAGAAGGACAAUAUACAAGCAAUGGUGAUUGUUCCCACUAGAGAACUUGCUCUACAGGUCAGUCAAAUUUGCAUCCAGGUCAGCAAACACAUGGGAGGGGCCAAAGUGAUGGCAACCACCGGAGGAACCAAUUUACGAGAUGACAUAAUGAGGCUUGAUGAUACAGUGCACGUGGUGAUUGCUACCCCUGGGAGAAUCCUGGAUCUUAUUAAGAAAGGAGUAGCAAAGGUUGAUCAUGUCCAGAUGAUAGUAUUGGAUGAGGCAGAUAAGUUGCUGUCACAGGAUUUUGUGCAGAUAAUGGAGGAUAUUAUUCUCACGCUACCUAAAAACAGGCAGAUUUUACUAUAUUCCGCUACUUUCCCUCUUAGUGUACAGAAGUUCAUGAAUUCCCAUUUGCAGAAACCCUAUGAGAUUAACCUGAUGGAGGAACUAACUCUCAAAGGAGUAACCCAGUACUACGCAUAUGUAACUGAGCGCCAAAAAGUACACUGCCUCAACACACUUUUCUCCAGGCUUCAGAUAAACCAGUCGAUCAUUUUCUGUAACUCCUCUCAGCGAGUUGAAUUGCUAGCCAAGAAGAUUUCUCAACUGGGUUAUUCUUGCUUCUAUAUUCAUGCUAAAAUGAGGCAGGAACAUCGAAAUCGUGUAUUUCAUGAUUUCCGAAAUGGCUUAUGCCGCAAUCUUGUUUGCACUGAUCUGUUUACCCGAGGUAUUGAUAUACAAGCUGUGAAUGUGGUAAUAAACUUUGAUUUCCCAAAGCUGGCAGAGACCUAUCUCCAUCGUAUUGGAAGAUCAGGUCGCUUUGGUCAUCUUGGCUUAGCCAUCAACUUGAUCACAUAUGAUGAUCGCUUCAACCUGAAAAGUAUUGAGGAGCAGCUGGGAACAGAAAUUAAACCUAUUCCAAGCAACAUUGACAAGAGCCUGUAUGUGGCAGAAUACCACAGCGAGCCAGUAGAAGAUGAGAAACCUUAACAAGCAUGCUUUGACAAACUUACAGAAGGCUCGUUUGGAUCUGUGACACAUCGUUUUGGGGGGAAUGCUCUUCUCUUUGUGGGUUUUUCAUCUUUUAUUUUGGAACUAUGAAGACUUAAAGGAGCUCAGACAUUUUUUCUUUUUUUAACUGGUGAAGAGAAAAAGGCUGAAAAGAAGGAAUAUACCUUUUUGUUCCACUUGUUUGCACUGUGUGCUGACUGAACAUUAGUUGCACUAACUGCUGGUUUUUAAAAAUGUUUUCUGGGGAAAGGGGACAAGGAAGGAAAAGAAAGAAGAGAAGGGGAGAAACCCUAAAAAGAGAAGAAUCUUAAUGAACACACAAGCUUGUCUAUGAUUUCAAAGUUCUCCAACAGCUGACUCUUGAGUGCAUUUCAACUUCUCCCUGAUUACUCAUCCGUUUUUUAAGCCUGAAGAGCUUAUUACUUAUUUGUGCGAAGUGCCUUAUGCUAUGAGACCAUUCAGAAUAUCAUCUUUUAGACAGCCCAAGGAAUCAACAAUAAUAACUCUUUCUUUCCUUUUUCUUUUUCUUUCAGAAAAUUUUGUCUUUUCAUUUGGUUUCAAGUUGAAGUCUCUUCCCUUUCUACCCAAUACUCAAGCCCAGGGCUAGAAGAUGAAACUUCCUAGUAAUGUUAAACACCAUUUUCUUUUUCUUUAUGUGGAGGAGUUGAUAAUGCAACUGCAGUUCAUCCGCACUGUAAAUACAUGUAUUUAAAAAACAAUCCCAAGUAAAAAUUUCUUCUGGGCUGAGUAGAUAAAAUAUCAUCGCUCCCAAAGGAAAGAGCAGUCUAUCAUUGCAGGAGCCAUAUGACAAGCCUUUGUGCUCUAUAGCAGACACUAAAGACUGGUUUACACGCGCCUCCAGUAGCAGUAUGGCACUUGAUGUGUAGACAUGUCAGAGCCUUGAGCCUCUUUCCUCUGUGGCAAAGCGUGUCCCAUAGAAAAUUGGGUGUGUAUACUUGUAUAAACUUUGUAAAUAAGUUUUUUUCUGGGUUCAUAUAUAUAUAUAUACAUAUAUAUAUUUUUUUUUGGAUGAAGGUUGCUGGGAUUAAGGGGAUUAGAGUGAUUAUGGGAGCAGCUAAAGAUGAGAGGGGCUCAGUUUUACGCAACACUAAAUUCUAGAAAGUACUUCUUGUUGUAGAGAGCAGAUUUCUAUGGUACCCUGUGUUAGUAAAGGGACGCAGGAAUCUGGGGUGUACUGUCUGCUGCCACGCUAUCUCAUCUAGUACCUUUGGAGUAGGUUGACCAGAGAGAGCAAGGAAGCUUCAAAACAUUGAUAAUUGAAGAUUUUUUUUAGAAGCUCUGAUUUUGCUUCUUCCCCCUUUGUAAAAGUUUGCGGAAUAUUUCAAGCUCUGCGAAAGGGGGCAAAGAUUAGUCUACCUUGCAGUGUGGGAAUUCUGUUGAGUGGCAGUGUCGUUGAGUAGUAUAUAUAUAAAGCACAGAUUUGCAUUUCAGAAUAUUAGCCAGUACCGGCUUUGGUAACGUUAGCAGUUCUGGAGCUUAAUUUUCUGUGGAUCAUUUCCUGUAGUGUGUAAAUGUGUUGCCCUCUGCCCACCUUGAUACAUAAACUUGCAGGAAUGGGCAACCUAAGAGCUGUUAACUUUCAUGCUACAGAAAGCUGCUUGCCAUUCUCUUGCGUUGUGACAAGAGUUGUUUUCUGUCAUUUUGCACUGUAAAUUGCUGGCAAAUGCUUUACAGUCAAUAGUGUUGCUUUAAAUUGUGCCCCUCCCAACAUGCUUGAUGUUUGGCCUGAUCUCCAGGCAAAAGGAGUGAGAUAAAUCAAAACCAGUGAACUUUUUUUUUUUAAAUGUUUUUAAUUCCCUUUUAACCCAGUGUACUAAGUCAAUCAGGAGGCAUCGGGAAAGGGGGAAAACAAAAAACAAAAAAAAAUUGAUUUCUAUAUUUCAUUGUUUUUCAAAACCCUAAAAUAUUACAAAAUAAGUCCAGCCAUAUACAUUAACGUUUGAACUCUUCUGGACAAAGAAAUCAGUUACUUGAAGUUGCUUUUUUGACUCUGCCUACUGCUGAGCAAACUUAUUUGUGACACCCACAAUUACUUGGAGAUCAAAAUCCUACAGAUGCCUCCUGAUUGGACAGAGCCCUAAUUCCUUAACAACUGUAGCAAGAGCUGCGCGGUACAAACCCAAAAAGAGCAAGCUCAUCUAUUUGGAAUCCAAGUCUCAUACAUUCUGUCCGGUCAAUUUUGGUUACUAAAUAGAAACCCUAAUUAAGGAAAUAACAUUUUUCCAGGGAGGGGUGGGAGAGGGAAUUUAAAAGGUGUCAACUUUUGACCAAAAAAAUCUUGCCCUUGUACUGAUGCAGCUCUCUUUCUCCCCCACCUCUUGCGAGAUAAGAGGGAUCAUUCAUAUAGAAAAAAAGAGUGUAAAUGCAAUUCUGUAUCUCGCUAGAGACCAUGUGGGUGACUAAACAAAAAGUGCAGUCUCCUUUGCCAACUUUAGACUGCUCUACCUGGUGCCACAUGCCUGUGGGUCCCUCUUAAAGCACAGACUUAAAAUUGCAAGUAUUACUGAAGUAUAGCCUCUAAUGAGGAGUGGCACUUAAACUAUCUGGGACACCACCACUGGACACAGUCUUGUAGAGGCAGCUGUCCAGUUUUGGUGUUGACUCUUGAAUAGGAAUUGUGAAAUGGAAAGAUGCUCUAAGGACUAGGUCAAAGCCUGGUCUUUUCUUUUUUUUCUUUUUUGGUCCCUCAUAAUAAGCAUUGUUACUGUUGGAAGUUGUUUUUGCUUCUUUCCAAUAUUGGGUAUGUAUUUUUUUAAGGUAAUGGUAAUAUUUUCCAGUGGCUCAUUUGGAUGAGAACUACCCCCUAUUUUUAAUACUAAAACUACAACUCAUGGUUUAGCCUUUGGUUGUAUAGUUGUGUAAUGGGCCAUGGACUGUUACACACCUUGCCAACUUUAGGCCUAUGUUUUUCCUUUCCCCGUAUAUUCUAAUGGGGAUAUAAACUUUUGCCUUUCCCUUAGGAGUGGAAUAAGUUUAUUCUAAAAUGAUCUUUCAUGGAAGUAAGGGAGAGGGAAACCUAAAUAUACCUCUUAAAUUAUUUCAAGUUGGUCCCAGCAGUAUAAAAUGGGUUGGCCCCAAAGGGUUGGGGGGUGGGCUUGGUUAUCAGUAUUUGUUUUCAGAAUGAGAUGGGAGCAUCUUUCCUUUGCCACAUGCUUUGUGCUUGAUACCAUCAUGCUUGGUUCAAACAAGACAACACAGCCAAAGCCUUGAGUGUAAGUUUUUGGAAUCAAAACAUCUCAUUCUGAUGACUUUUUUUGUUGUUGUUUUUUUUUGUUUUUGUUUUUUGGGGUUUUUUGUUUUGUUUUUAAUUAGGGCGGGAGGGAGGGUACUUUGCCCCCAAAAGGGAGGGUGUCUGCACUAAGGAUUUAGAAACACUUUGGAAGCUCAUAACCUCAUCAGAAACUGCCUUUAGCCACACUCCUGACCUUCUAGAUGAGUAACAAAAAGUGAAAUAAGUUCUUGGGAAUUAAGCCAUGUUGUUUUAAGUUGCUAUUUUUUCAGUGUUCUAGGGGGUCUUUAAAUUUGUUACUGUGGAAUCAUUUUCUUGCCAAAUACCUUUAUCAAAAUUAUUGGCCUCGUGAGAGCUGAAGUAAGUCAGCUUUUUGGUGAACUUCAGUGGACUUCUGUGAGGUUGUAGGUGUACUUUGUAUCUCUAAAAAUAGUUUUUUAAAACUCCCAAAGAAAAUCUACUCUCCUUUGUGAUCUAAAAACUCAUCUUUGGGGUAAAGAGUUAAGUGUCCAAAGGUUGUCAUAGUUCAUGAGGUCAGAGGGAGCUAGCCUGGCACCUGGACUCUGCCCCUCCACAGCUGACAGGUUCCAACAGAAGUGUAUUUAAAUUCUCCAGUAGACAGUGCUGGGCAAGGGAGGGGGUAGGGCUGGGUUAUUAAGAUACAGACAGGCUGCUGUAUUUUAACCAUUGGUUAUGGGGGAUGGGGCGCCUGGAGAAAACAAAGUCACUGUUCCCUUUUUUGAAACAAAGGAAAAGAAUUUGUUUUUUUCUCAAGUAAAAAUGGUAGAGAAUUCCAGUGUCCCUAGCCACAAGGGACCAACCAGUUCCACUGAGAAGUGAACAGUGGGAACUCAAAAUUUCUGAAACAUUGGGGAAAGGGAAAAUUGGCUUUCUGUUAAUUGGCAGAUGUUCCAGUGGGGCUGUGUUUUUGUUGGGAUGUGUUAUGUUGUAUGUACUCAUGGAUCACAGUCUGCUGAGUUUAUAAGGUUCAAAAAACAUGGUAAAAUCUUGAUUUUUGUUAAUUUAUCUCAAUAAAAGCCCACUGGAACUCCA